AUGUCACAGGAAGCUCCUGAUGAACUCAGCUUGGCAUUGGACUUGGAAGCUCCUCCGAUCUACUACAACAAGGCAGACUACAUACAGACUGCGUCUGGAAACAAGGUCAGUCGCAAUUCAGUCCUCUGUGGCUCGCAGAAUAUCUCUCUCGUGGGGAACUCCGUUGUAAAGCCCGGUGUUGUGCUAAGAGGUGAUCUACAGCUUCUCAAGAUAGGUAAGUUCGUGAUUGUGGGAGAUGGCUGUGUGCUGCGACCCUCCUACAAGAAGUACAAGGGAAACAUAGCAUUCUUCCCAAUGAGCAUCGGGGACUACGUGACAAUUGGGCCAAAGAGCAUCGUCUGCGCUGCCCAGAUCGGUUCCUGUGUGGACAUCGGCGAGAACUGUGUCAUCUCGAAGCGGUGCAUACUGAAGGAUAACUCCAUGAUUCUGCCUGGCACAAUCCUUCCACCGGACACCAUCGUACCUCCGCUCACGGUCUUCGGAGGCAUUCCGGGCAGGUAUUUGGGGGAACUGCCCGAGUCGCAACCGAUUGUUCAAAAGGAGCACGCAAUGACGGAGUACAGACGGUUCCUUCCUUUAGCCAAAGGCGGAGGUGCAACGCCAAAGGCUUCGACGCCCAAAGCCAAAGCAGCGAAGAGCCCUAGCAAUGCUCAGCUGUCUCCAUAG